AGUCUGCCAGGUAACACAUGACACAGCAGGCAUGACGCCUUGUUCUGGUUUUUCCAGUACCAGUUCCUCAGGCUGGCUCAGUCCGUCUCCUGACCUGGAGGAAUGGGUCCCUCUCUGCUCCUGAUCCUCCUGGUUCUGGUCCAAACAGCAGAUGGUUUUCAAAGUCAUUCAGUGUCCCGCUGCCUCUUUAACUCCACUGAGCUGAAGGACAGCCGGUACAUCUACUCCUGCAUCUACAACAAAGUGGAGUUUUUGAGCUUUGACAGCAACAUUGGGCUCUAUGCUGGAUACACGUCGUUUGGAAUGAGGCAGGCAAAUAAGUUGAACAAUAAUCCUGUGGCUCUGAGCAGGAGGCGAGCUCAGAAGGAGGCGUUCUGCCAUCACAACUCUGGGGUCUUAUACAGAAAUGUUUUGAAUAGAUCAGUGGCUCCGUCUGUCGCUCUGAGCUCAGUGGCGCCCCCUGCUGGUGGACACCCCGCCAUGCUGACCUGCAGCGUCUACGGCUUCUUCCCCAAACAGAUCAGAGUCACCUGGAGGAGAGACGGACAGGAAGUCACCUCUGAUGUCACUUCCACCGCCGAACUGCCAGACGGCGCCUGGCUCUACCAGAUCCACUCCAGCCUGGAGUUCAGACCCAGGUCUGGAGAGCGGAUCUCCUGCAGGGUGGAACAUGUCAGCCUGAAGGAACCUCUGAUCACCGACUGGGACCCGUCCAUGCCAGAGUCAGAGAGGAACAAACUGGCCAUCGGAGCUUCAGGACUGAUCCUGGGUCUGAUUUUGUCUCUGGCUGGAUUCAUCUACUACAAGAGGAAGGUCAAAGAUCUGGUCCCCGUCCCCACCUUUGAAUCCAGAUCCUGAUCCAGGAACAGAACCCGAUCAGAACCCGGUCUGCAGGAACUGAAGUUUGUUCUGGACUCUGGUCCAGAUAAUCAGCUGCUUUUCUCCAGGAACGUUUCAGGUUUAUUAAUGUUCACUUUCUGUGAUUUUAUUCUCUCUAUGGUUUUUUAUGAAGAGAUUUUUCCUCAGUUUUGGGUUUUUAAUAAAAUCUGAAGUUGAUAUUCAGGCCUGAAGGAGAAAAGAAGAGAAGCUGCAUCGUUUAUUUUGAUCAUGUUUUAUGUAAAAUGUUUAUUUCUGCUGUGAUUAAUGUUAGAAGACAGCAGGACUGGAUCAGAUAUUAAUUAUUAUUGUGAUUUUAGUUUAUUCUUCUGAUUUCUACACUUUGGUUCUUCACAAUAAACAACAGUUUCAAUAAAGAUGAUGGUUCUGGUUGACUGGAGCCUGUGAA